AUGUUCUUGGAAAUGCUGAACCCCAUGCACUAUAAUGUCACCAUCAUGGUCCCGGAAACCAUGCCUGUCAGUGCCAUGCCACUUCUGCUGAUCAUGGGCCUCCUUCUCCUGAUUUGGAAUUGUGAGAGCUCAUCUUCCAUACCAGGUCCUGGCUACUGUCUGGGAAUUGGGCCCCUCAUUUCCCAUGGCAGAUUCUUGUGGAUGGGAAUUGGAAGUGCCUGCAACUACUACAAUAAGAUGUAUGGAGAAUUUAUGAGAGUCUGGAUCAGUGGAGAGGAGACACUCAUUAUUAGCAAGUCCUCGAGCAUGUUCCAUGUGAUGAAGCACAAUAACUACAUCUCCAGGUUCGGCAGCAAGCGUGGGCUGCAGUGCAUCGGCAUGCACGAGAACGGCAUUAUAUUUAACAACAACCCAAAACUUUGGAAAACAAUUCGCCCUUUCUUUAUGAAAGCUCUGACAGGCCGUGGUCUUGUUCGAAUGGUGGAAGUUUGUGUGGAGUCCACCAAGCAGCAUUUGGACAGGCUGGGGGAAGUCACCGACAACUCGGGCUACGUGGAUGUGUUGACCCUCAUGAGACACAUCAUGUUGGACACCUCUAACAUGCUCUUCCUGGGGAUCCCACUGGACGAAAGUUCUAUUGUGAAGAAAAUCCAGGGUUACUUUAUUGCGUGGCAAGCUCUCCUCAUCAAACCAAACAUCUUCUUUAAGAUUUCUUGGCUCUACAGAAAGUAUGAGAGAUCUGUCAAGGACUUGAAAGACGAGAUAGCUGUUUUGGUGGAAAAAAAGAGACACAAAGUUUCCACAGCUGAGAAACUGGAAGACUGUAUGGAUUUUGCAACUGAUUUGAUUUUUGCUGAGAGACGUGGAGACCUGACGAAAGAGAACGUGAAUCAGUGUAUUCUGGAGAUGCUGAUUGCGGCCCCUGACACCUUGUCUGUCACUCUGUACUUCAUGUUGCUGCUUAUCGCAGAGUACCCAGAAGUCGAAACAGCAAUUCUGAAGGAGAUCCACACUGUUGUUGGUGACAGAGACGUAAACAUCAAUGAUAUCCAAAAUUUAAAAGUGGUAGAAAACUUCAUUAAUGAAAGCAUGCGGUACCAGCCUGUUGUGGACCUGGUCAUGCGCAGAGCCUUGGAGGAUGACAUAAUUGAUGGCUACCCGGUUAAAAAGGGAACCAACAUCAUUCUGAACAUUGGAAGGAUGCACAGGCUGGAGUAUUUCCCCAAGCCCAAUGAAUUUACCCUUGAAAACUUUGAGAAGAAUGUUCCCUACAGGUAUUUUCAGCCAUUUGGCUUUGGGCCCCGCAGCUGUGCUGGGAAGUACAUCGCCAUGGUGAUGAUGAAAGUGGUCCUGGUCACACUUUUGAGACGAUUCCAUGUGAAGACAUUGCAAAAAAGGUGCAUUGAGAACUUACCGAAAAAACAUGACUUGUCCUUGCAUCCGAAUGAGGACAGACACCUUGUGGAAGUAAUUCUCUCCCCAAGAAAUUCAGACAAGUACCUCAGACAGUGA